AUGAACACAUCCAGACCAAAUAGCCAGGGUUUGCCAGCACAGCAAGGUCAUGUGAAUCCCGCAGCCCAACACGGAAUGCCCCAGGGCGGCCGGCAGGAGGUGAGCCACGUCCACCAUCCGCACGCGCCCUCGGGCCCCAUCCAGUUCCAGCCCACGGACAGCCAAAGACCCAAGCAAUCCAUGAAGUCCGGACUUAGCCCGGUAGCCACCCCAUUCACGUCAAACCAAGAGGGGAUGUCCCAGGGCCAACGAAUGCCUAACUUGUCCCAUGUUGAUCCACAACGCGCCCAGCAGCUCUAUCAACACAACAUUAUGCAACAGCAGCAACAAAAGCUGCAGCAACACACACAGCAUCAGCAACAGGAAUCGGAGAGUAGCGAUAAUCAGCCGUCGGAGAGCGGUUACUUCGUUACCUCAUCGUACCCGUACUCGGCUCAGGCGGGCAUUCCAAUCAAUAUCCGACACUCUCAAAAUUACCUCGUCCGGCCACAAGGGAUGGUCCACAGAAUGCCGAAUCCAAGACAACCAUUUCAACCCCCGAAUCAGUUUUACCCUCCCGUCAGUCAAGUCAGCGGUAUCCGACCAAUUCAUCCGGGACAAGCUCGAGUGAGCGCUGCACCAAACGCAUACGUGGGGUCAUCUACUCCGACCUUCCAGCCGCGCUACCAACAGCCCGGGCAUCCAGGACAGCCUGGCUACCCAGCGAACAUGGCUCAGUUUGCGCAACAGGGCAACUUCUCCCAGUAUGCGGGCAUACAGCACUAUCAACAGAGCCAGGCGCAACAGUUCCAACCGGGCGCGCAUCAGUUUCAGCCUGGCAGCCACGUUCCCAAUCCCAACGCGCCCCAAUACAUGCCCCAACAGCCACCAACAACAGCAGCAGCAAUAUCCAAGCAAAAACCUUCAAAAGCUAUUCUUAUUAAAGAUCCAAGUACGGGAAAAGCUGUCAAUAUGAAUGAUGAAAAGCCGAAAACAGAAACGAGUAGUCAGCCCAAAAGUCGAAACGCAGCGUCGGAAAGUUCUACCGGUAGUCGGAGUCGACAACAGUCAGAAAGUCAAAAGACGGAGAGUCAAGCUCCUGCCCAGAUUAAAGUUGAAAAACCGCAAGAUACCACUACAGCCAGCCAAGUCAAGAUACAGGCGCCAACUCCCGCUGCUGGGGCUAGAAAUCCAAGCAUUUCAGAGUCGGCCAAUGAGGAGACGCCACUGAAGCCUGUUGACGAUCCUACAGUUGACGAUGGAUCCUGGGCGACUGUCAAGGACAACAAGAAGGACAAACGAAAGAACGUAAACCGAAAGGACUCUGAAUCCAGAGCAGCCACUCACAAUCAAGAAUCAAGAGACAGUAAGAAUAAUGCCCCACACGGAAACAAGCAGGGCAACAAAAACGCUAAAUCCGACGUUGGCUCCAAGCGCCGACCGAGCAAAGAGGAAACAAAGAAUGUCAACAGUGAUCCCGUCAAGGUUGAGCCUGUUGCUGUGAAGGAAGCCGAGAAACCCAAGGAAGAACCAGUAGCUGAGGCUACUCCUGAACCAGUGGCCACAGAGCCUGCAACUACCCCCGUUGAAACAGCUGCUGAGGAACCCACUGAAGAAACCACCAACCCCGAACCAACUGUAAAUGCUCCCACCCCAACCGAAGCCACCCCCGAACCUACCGAAGAGAAGCCAGCAGAAAAAACUGUCGAGGAGACCCCAGCCACCCCCGCCGAGAAUGGUGCACAGUCAGAAAAGGUCGCAGAGACAGCUGCUGCUGAAAACGCAGCGAAGGCUGCUGCCCCAGCUGCCGUUGUCGAAUUCGGCACGCUUGCCGCCGAGAAUAGAACUAAAUUGGAAAAUGGAGAGAAGGUCGCCUACGAGCGAGACUUCCUUCUCAAAUUCCAGGGCCUCUGCUUGAACAAGCCCAUCGAGCUGCCCACCUUGGACGUCAUCCUUGACGGCCCUACUGAUGGGCAUCGUAAGCCACCUAAACACGAGUCUGUCGGUCGAGGCUCGUGGACUCCAGGCUACUUGCCAAAGGGCAACAACAGAAAGGGAAGCCGAAAUCAUCCAAACAAGAACACGAGCGUCAUCAAGAUUCCUACGAAGAAACCGCAGCUCCACGUGACUGAGAAUGCUUACAAACGAGGUGUUGCAGAGAACCUCGAAGAAACCGAGAAGAAGACUGUCCAACUCGUCCGAUCUGCUAAAUCAAUCUUGAACAAGAUCACCCCAGAGAAGGAGGCGAAGCUCACCAAGGAGUUCAUCCAGAACAUCAAACCCGACACUUACGAUCGGCUUGAGAAGGUCGUCGCCGCGGUUUUCUCCAAGGCGAUCGAAGAGCAGCAUUUUGCCAAGAUCUACGCCAAGCUCUGCAAAAACUGUCACGAAAACUGGGACAAGGACGACAAGAUCGCCUUCUUCAGAAAGGAAGAUGGCUCCUACGAGAGCAUCACUCGGCGUGAAGCGCGUGAUCGCAAGAUCAAACCAAAGGGUUUCCGAGAAGUCCUUUUGAGCAAGGCUCAGGAGCAGUUCAACAAGCUCAAGAUCCUAAACAGCAAGGACAAGGAAAACUUUGCAGAAGGAUCGCUCGAGCGGCGACGACUCGAAGUCGAGGAAAAGAUCAACGCCCUCCCUGCUCCAGAAGACAAAGAGUUCAACAAGCGCACAAAGAUGGAACUUGACGAGGAAUACGAAGAACUCAAUACUCGAAUCAAGAUCCGAGGCCUCGGAAACGUCAAGUUCGUCGGCGAGCUUUACAUGGAAGGUCUCCUUUCCCUCAACAUCAUCAAGAUAUGUUGCCAGCAGCUCGUCUACUCCGACUCUGAGAACGAGCUCGAGUCCCUGUGCAAGCUCAUCCCCACCAUUGGAAAGCGCAUGCAGACCGGUCCACAGGUUCCCAAUCGAGCCCAGCAAGCACAAUUCGCGCAAGCUGAACAGGAUAAGAAGAAGGGCGCGGAGAUCUUGACGAUCGUCUUUGGUAAGAUCGAAAAGAUCGUUUCGGAAGGCAAAACUUUGGGCGCUACCCCGUCGAAGGUGUCUCCUCGAGUCAUUUGUCUCCUCCAAGACGUCAUUGAUAUCAGAUCGCGAAACUGGGAGAUGCGAACGACCGCCAUGAAGGGACCAUCCAAGAUUGGCGAUCUUCACGAUAAUGACCGAAAGAAGGCCGAAGAAGACGCUAAACGUGUCGAACGAGAGUUCAUGAAGGCGCAAUAUGAACGUUCGCAACUCAACAACGAGCGACGACAGCGAAUCAAUCAGGGCGAUUGGGUCAAACAGUCCCACGUGACCAAGUCCAAGUUUGACGCCUCCAAACUUGCCUCGACAGCGUCGAGUUCUAUGGACGCUCGAUCAGCUGGCUCUGGCAACAUAACCCUCGGUCCCCGACGACGAGGUGGUGGAUUCAAGAACGCAUCUAUGGACAAGGGAUCCAACGAGAACAGUGCCAAUUCCAGCGGCCGAAACACCCCCAUUUCUACUCCUCGCAAUCCUUUCGACUUGCUCGAUUCCGAUGCGGAGAUGCCCGAAAGACUCCCACCAGCAGGCGGAAAGCGAUCGUCACGAGAUCUCACCGCUCGCAAGGGCUCACUGGCGGCUAACAACGGUCCUCGCGGAGGCGGUCGACCUAACUUCAAGAAUAGCACUCACGACGGGCGCUACGUUAAAAAAUCUCUUACUCCAGAGGAGGUAAAUGCCCUUCGUCCCGAGAUCCAAAAGAAAGCUGGCACCCUUUACUCCGAUCUCGAGGAAUGCCAGGGUGAUCUCAAGAUGAUCGUCGACGUCGGCAAAGAUAACGUUGAUCUCUUCGAGACCGUCGAUCAUCAGAUCAUUAUCUUGGACGUCCUUUUGGAGAAGGUUAUUGAAAAGUCUGUUGGUGAUCGAGAGGCCCUCUCGAAGCUUCUGAUGGUUAUUGCUGAUGAAGCUAAGUUUAUGGACUGGGAAGCUUGCAUUGUUCCCUUCGUCAAGAAGGCAGUCGAGGAAGAUCGCGUCACUGAUUGCCCCAAGUUCUGGCAAUAUCUUUCUCAAUGUAUCUGCAAGAUCUACACAUCCCCAGCAGUUGACCCUAAGUCCAUCAAGGGAAUUACCGAGCCAGCGAAGGAUCUCUGUGCUUGGACAAACGCCAUUUGUGCUUUGAUUGAGGAGAUCGACUACUCUCUCAGGAACAAAGAGAAGAUUCAUGAUCUGUACACCAACGCGGAAAUUGACCUCGCCGCCAUCAUCGCUGAAGAUGGUCUCUCACAGACCCCUGAAGAGCGGCUUGGCAGACGUGGCCUCGAUUUCUUGCUGAAACCUCUGGUCGUCGUUCCAUGGGGGAAGGUUGAAAGCCAGCUUAUUGGCAGCUUGGAAGAUCACACUUUCGGUGAAGCAGAGAUGGAAGACUUCUCGAAGGAGUUUGAUAUGUUGGAGGAGAUGGUUCCUGAAGGACCAGAUGGACGUGGUCACCGAAACUUUAUCAAGGUUCUUGUCAAUGGAGUCAUGACCUUUUCCGUCGACUCUGAUACGAAUCAACUGAUCGUUCGAAGCCAUGAAGGCGAUGUGCGAGACACAAACUUCUCCGAUUGCGAGGUGCUCUUGCGAAAGUACAUCGACAACGAGGACGAUAGAAUAGAAACAUUGUUCGUGCUGUCGGACAUUUUCAGAAAGAAGCACGAGAACAAUGCCACAUUGAUAAAGGAGGUUUUCUCUGAACUGUACGAGCUUUCUAUUAUGGAAAUCCCGACCUUCCAGAGAUGGAUCAAAUUGAGAAGCGCAGAGAAACUUGAAAACUUUGCCGUCAUCUCAGCUGCCACCAAGAGUUUCUACGACGCCUUGGAAGAGGAAGUAAAGCUGAACAACGAAAAGUCAAAAUCGCCUACCCAGGCGUAG